UGCCGUCGCUGUCAUUCUCCUUGGGUUUAGUUCGAACCGGCCCUACCCAUCUUGGCGUCUCGGAGAGCGGAAGACGGGCACUAGAUUAAUCACCCUCCCGAUCCACAAAUUCCUCUCCCCCAAUUCCUAAUCCUGCCCAAAAAUCCAGCACUGCAGGAGGAUACCGCAAGGCGAGUCGGGCUUUCUAGUUAGGGUUUGGUGCACCCGAUUGACGCGGCCAUGAGGAUACGGGAGCUCCGGGAUGGCGCCGGGGGAUUGGAGGAGGCGGAGGAGGAGGAGCGGGAGGAGGCGAGGGGCGGGGGCGGGGGCGGCGAGGUGGUCGACGUCGUGCGGCUGAGGGCGAGGCGCGCGCUCGUCGGCGCCGGCGCGAGGGUCCUGUUCUACCCGACGCUGCUCUACAACGUCCUCCGCAACCGGUUCGAGGCGGAGUUCCGGUGGUGGGAUCAAAUCGACCAGUAUGUUUUGCUAGGUGCUGUUCCUUUCUCAAGUGAUGUACCGCAUCUGAAGCAACUUGGAGUGAGGGGAGUUGUCACGCUAAAUGAAUCGUAUGAAACUCUGGUUCCAACAUCCUUAUACCAGGCUCAUGGGAUCAAUCAUCUCGAGAUCCCCACAAGGGACUAUCUGUUUGCCCCUUCUAUAGAGGAUAUCUGUCAAGCUGUGGAUUUUAUCCACCGAAAUGCAUCACAAGGUGGUAGCACUUAUGUCCACUGUAAGGCUGGAAGGGGACGAAGCACUACUAUAGUUUUAUGCUAUCUGAUUAAGUACAGGAACAUGACUCCUGAAGCCGCUUUCGAUCAUGCACGGUCUGUAAGGCCCAGAGUACUUUUAGCACCAUCUCAAUGGCAGGCUGUUAAACUAUUUAGUGCACUCAACACCAGAUGCCUUUCAAUGGAGAGCUCAAACCAAACUCACUCGGCAGAAUCUUGUGAAGAAUCUGGAGAACCAUUUAGUUCUCUCGCUGCCAGCUGCCUUCAAAUUCAGAGUUCAAACCGAACCCACUCAGUAAGAUUCGGUGAACAAUCCAGUGAAGCUAUUGUGGAGGCUGAAGUUGAUGGAUUCACCACCGAAUUCGACAACGAGCAUUUUGUUUUGCCGUUAUGGGACGGUAUGCUAGCCAAGCCUUCAAGCCCCAGCAGGUGCAGCGAUGCAGUCGUAAUAACCGAAGAAGAUCUCGAGGGAUACGAAACUUAUGCCGAUGCUGGCAAGGGCACUGCAUCAAUGGAAAUGGUAAUCCGUCAGAAGCCCAUGAUCAGUAAGCUAUCUUGCUUCCUUGGGUCCUUGAAGAUUACCAGCAACUGCGAACCACCUCCAAGACGCCUUGCGGAGGUUCGUGCCUGCUAGGUAAAUAUCCAAAUUGUACUGUUUUUCCACGGUGUGAGUUAGCAGAGUGUAAGUAUCGGCGUGACGCUCCACAGCUUGAGGGAAUGCCCUCGGGAGAAAGUUUAUACAUGUGUUGUACUUGUGUCUGUGCUGUGCACGGCAGCACGGGGGAGGGAAAGAGAGGAGAGAGGAGAGUUUUGACUUUUGAGAGCCUGCGACUUUAUUUUUCCAGUAAUAGAAAGGCAUGUUUAUCUGGGUGGAUUCA